AUGGUGAAGUCAUCGUCGUGCUGUGAGAAACUAGGAGGGUUAAAGAAAGGACCAUGGACUCCUGAAGAAGACCAGAAGCUGGUGGCUUAUAUUCAUCAACGUGGCCAAGGAAGCUGGUCUUCCUUGCCAGCAAAAGCUGGGCUUCGGAGAUGUGGGAAGAGCUGCAGAUUGAGGUGGACUAAUUACUUAAGACCUGAUAUAAAACGAGGCAAGUUCAGUUUGAAGGAAGAUCAAAUCAUUAUUCAACUUCACGCUCUUCUUGGAAACAGAUGGUCGGUGAUAGCUCAUCAUUUGCCAAAGAGAACAGACAACGAGAUCAAGAACCACUGGAACACCCGCCUUAAGAAGAGGCUCACCAGAAUGGGUAUCGACCCCAACACCCACAAGCCCAUCAACGAAGCCGCCAACCUCUGCCAUAUGGCUCAGUGGGAGAUUGCUCGGCUCCAAGCCGAAGCCAGACAAGUCAAAGAACAUUCCAAACUUCAGCUCCAGAACCAGCUCGGCUCCUCCUCCUCUUCCCACCAGCCUUCAGUGACUCGGCUCGUCCUCAACAAGGUCACACCUCGCCCAUCGCCACCUCCCUGCCUCGACGUGCUCAAGGCAUGGCAGAAUUCAUGGUCGUCCGCCACGUCGAAGCCCUCAACAGAGAACACCCCCAAAACGCAUAGCAUGUACGCUAUGAUGCUCGCCACCGACGACUUCGAGUCACCGUCGUCCAUGUUGAGCUUCCCGGACACCGCCCCUCUCAAUAACUCCGAAUGUACCAACAGUAAUACUACCUUUGGGCUGAUCAAUCAAAUUUUACUUCCUUCCUUCUCCACCACCAUCGUCGCAAAUGAUGGUGGAACCAUGACUGGGCAAAGCGACAGUGAAGCAUGGGGAAACAAGGUGCGAUGCUUGGGAGACGACUGCAAUAUUACGGCGGCAGUGGAAGCAUUCAGAUCAACAGGGUAUAACUGUAAUUCCAUGGAAGGUCUCCUUAAUGACGACUUCUUGGUGUGUGGACAUAAUGAGAUGUCUCCAUCGCCGCAACAAAACUUGGGACCGUCGGGUGUUGGAGAUGACUGGGAAGCCAUUGUUGACCUGAUCAAAGGUUCGCACCCAUCACCUGCUUUCCCAGUGUUGUGA